AUGGACCUUUGGUUUUUUAUCUUCCUAACGUUAAUUCCUUCAUCAAAUGGUUUUCAAAAUUGCGAGCAAAUCACAAUACCUCUUUGUAAAGGAAUUGGUUAUAAUAUGACGAGAUAUCCAAAUAGCUAUGGACAUGAAAAACAAGAAGAAGCUGGACUGGAAGUCCAUCAGUUUUAUCCACUUGUGGAAGUUGGAUGCUACAAGCAUUUAAAAUUUUUUCUUUGUGCCAUGUAUACUCCUAUAUGCCAACAUAACUAUGAGAAAAUGGUCAUGCCUUGUAUGGAGGUUUGCCUUGAGGCAAAAAAACGAUGCAGUCCUUUAAUGCAUCAGUAUGGUUUCAAAUGGCCCUUGGCUCUUAACUGUGAGCAAUUGCCGCGUAUGAGUGAACAACAAAUCACUGGUAAUAUUUGUGCUGCUCCACCUGAUACGCCAGAUCCAGCCGUUUUCGACGAUUUGGUCAACUUGCUACCACACCCAAACCACCGCGAUUCUACUCCAGUCAUUGGCAUUGAUACAAAAGAGCAUUGCAAAUGCCGAUGUAUACGGCCAUUCCUUCAAAUUGCAGAUUCGCGGUCAUAUGUUGCAAAUGUUUCUGGAUGCUCUUAUCCAUGUCAUAAGAGAUGUUUUGGCAAACUAAUUCAGUUUUCAUUAAAACUGUUCUUUAAUAUGGUGAAUUUCACUGCAAUUUGGGAUAUUCCAAUGUCGGGCACAUGUUUCCUUCUUUCCGCAUUCACAGUACUGACAUUUCUUAUCGAAACCGAUCGUUUUCAAUAUCCAGAGCGGCCAAUUUUUUUACUAGCAUUUUGCCAAAUGAUGGUCUCAUUAGGAUUUAUGAUACGUGUGGUUUAUGGCCAUGAAUAUGUUGCAUGCGAUUCGCGUAUGGUACGACAUAGUGACCAACAGAUCAAUUCAUGUCAACUAGUAUUCUUGUUGAUAUAUUUCUUUGGAAUGGCAGGAUCUGUCUGGUGGGUAAUAUUAUCAUUAACAUGGGUGCUUGCGGCUGCAAAUAAAUGGUCUAGCGAAGCAAUCGCAAGUUGUGCCAAUUAUUUCCAUUUUGCUGCAUGGAUUCUUCCAGCCAUUCAGACUGUUGCAGUAAUAGUAUUUGGUGCUGUUGAUGGGGAUUCAAUGAGCGGAAUAUGUUAUGUUGGGAACACCAAUAUUGACCAUUUGAGGAUCUUCGUUUUCUUACCGUUACUUAUUUAUUUCGUUGCCGGAGUAUGUUUUCUUUGUAUCGGCUUUUUCAAUUUGUGGAGAAUUCGUUCAUUAAUGCAAAAGCACCAUCCUGGAGGCAAUAACACUUCAAAAAUGACCCAGUUAAUGUCGAAGAUUGGGAUAUUCUCUGUGCUUUAUAUUGUACCAGCUGUAUUUGUUCUUAUGAUUCUAAUCUAUGAGCAACAGUAUCGUCCACAGUGGGAGCGAUCGCAGUUGUGCAAUUCAGAGACAUUCAUUUUUCUAACAUUAAUAAAAAGCGCUUCAAUGUUGGUUAUUGGCUGGACAUCAGGCGUAUGGAUCAUUUCGAAGAAAACUCUUCAGAGUUGGAAGCGUACACUGUGCUGCUUGAAAAGCUCAAAUUCGAUUCAUAAAUACGAACCAACUGAUAUAAUAUAUGCGAGAAGUGACUGUAUCGCGCCACAUAUGUAUAAUAAGGCUUUAAGGCAUUGUCAGAAUUAUGCCAUUUCAGCUGUUCCAGAAAAAUACAACCCUAAUUAG